UUCUGCUUCCUUCUCGCAGCAAAAUUGCGAGAAUUCUUCAUUGUUGCCGAGCGAGCGUCGUCGCCAUCGCUACGUAGGUGGACAUGGGUAGUACGAUCUCUCGUGUGUGGACCAAGCUCUUUGGGAAGAUCGAGGCACGGUUGAUCAUGAUCGGGCUGGAUGGUGUGGGGAAGACGACGUUGUUGCAUCAGUUCCGGCUUGGCGAGGCGGUCACCACGACUCCCACGAUCGGGUUCAACGUGGAAGCGGUCGAGUUCAAGAACAUCAAGCUAAACGUGUGGGAUCUCUCGGGCCACGAAAAGAUCCGAUCCGUGUGGCGCACCAUGUGUCCCAACACACAAGGCGUGGUAUUCGUCGUCGACUCGACCGACAUCGCGCGCAUGGACGCUGCCCGCGAAGAACUGCAUCACAUGCUGUGGGAAGACCACCUUCGCGACGCCAUUGUGCUCGUGUUUGCCAACAAACAAGACUUUCCCGGCGCGCUGGACGCCGCCGCCAUCAGUGCCAAGAUGGACCUCGAUCGACUGCGGCAAGUGUGGCAUCUGCAGGUUGGCAGCGCCGUGACCGGAGCCGGCGUAAACCAAGGCCUGGACUGGCUCGUCAAGUCGAUGCGAAAACAUCCCAAAUUUUGAUCAAUCAUAAUCUUCGUACUUUCAUCAUCGUCCUUCAUGUUGUUGCU